GUACUUCAAACCCCAAAGAAAGAGGAGGAGGAUCUUGGAGAACCCCCAGCCUAGGAGAAGAAAUCUUUGGUGUUAUAGGAUGAAGGUGAUAAAACGGGAACUGUGCAGGAGCUGGCAUCGCGAGAUGGUUCAGGUAGAUGGGAGUCCAGAGGGAGCUCAGCCUCAAGAAGUGGUUCAGGAACCCAUUCAGGUGGAUGAAAGCCCAGAAGGAACUCAGCAAAUCUCACCAGUACAGCAGGAGCAAGAAGACCAUUCCUCAGCAGCGCAGCUACUGCCCUCUGCUCAAGAGCCUCAAGGAGGGAAUGAUAUCCAUGUGCACCCACAGAGGCGGCCAGGGCAAGGAGGCACGGCCCCAGACAUGGGACCACAACCAACAGAGUCAGCCUGGGAGUUCCCAAAAGUGACUGUCAAGGUGCAGCCCCAGAACAUGAGCCAGGGGUGGGACUGCCCGGAGGUGACAGUGCAGGUGCAGCCUCAGAGGCCAAGCCCAGGAUGGGAAGCCCCAUCAGUGACUGUGCAGGUGCAGCUCCAGCAGCAGGGCCCAGGGCCAUCUCUCCCACAAGUAACUGUACAGCUACAGCCCCAGGAGUGGGGACAAGGCACUGCUGGCAUCAAGGUCACUGUGCAGCUGCAGUUGGGCUGUGACCCAGAAGAGGUAACCUUCCUCCAGAACCAAGGUGAGGAAGUGUUAGAUAAUGGAGAACAGUGGACCCUCCCAAAAAAUCAGGGAGGGAUGAUGACAAGAUCUGAAGGUGAGAGAGAGCUUGCUGUGGUGGAGCUGGUGCCACAGAGGGUUCUGAGCCAAAAACAGGAUCAAGGAGAAGUGGAAAAACCCCAGCAGGAUCAGUGCCAAGCGGAAAGAGCAGAACUGGUGAAGGUGCAUGACAUGCAGGCUGGAGACAAAGCAGACCUGAAUGGGAUGGUGACAGAGGAACAGCUGCGGGACCAGAGCCAAGAGCAGGAACAGCUAAAAGCAGACCAGCCUCUGCAAAAGGAAGACCAAAGACAUACUGUGAUGAGACAGGAGCAAGGUAAUAUCCAAGAAGGGCCCAGGGGGAUUGUAGAAGACCAGAAGGAAGACCUAGCACGAGAACAGUCUAAGAAACGUCCGAGAGAGUCUCCAAAUUAUUUUGUUGCUAUUCCAAUAACAGAUGAUCAGAUUUUGGACAGAAUUGAAGAUGUUCAAGAACUCAUAUUCUCUAAAGAACCUGACCUGUCAAGAGCUCUUCUCCCUGUUCAAACUAUGCACCUUACUAUAAUAGUAACUCAUCUGGGAACAGAAGAAGAAGUGAAAAAGGCUGUUCUGGCACUGAAGCAAAGCAAGACUAAAGUGGAAGACAUCUUGCAGGGUAAAGACCUUAAUUUGACAUUCCAUGGGAUUGGAGAGUUUAAUAACCAAGUGCUAUAUGUGAAAAUGCUGGAGGAAGACCAGAAAAUGCUUAGCAGAAUUGCAGAAGCUGUGGAAGAAUGCUUUAUUGAAAUGAAUCUUGACAUUUCAGGAAGUAAGGACUUCAAACCACAUCUGACUUUCCUGAAACUCUCUAAAGCAUCAAGGUUGAGAAGAAGGAGCACACUUCAGAUGACAGAAGAAAUAUUUACUGAGAAUAUUUUAAAAAGCAUGUUUCCCCCUCUCAGAAUUAAACAAACUCCUGUCACAUCUUCAUGAGGAUUCCACGCCCUGGCAAAGUAUUCUCCAGGCUUCAGGAAACCUGAUGCUCUUCUCAUGCAGGAAGAAAUCCUCAUCAUGCUGAACUCAGUGAGAAACUGCUGCUGACUUCAGCACAGCCAGCUGC